UUGAUUAGAGCAUUUUGCUUCACGUUGUGUUGUGUGCCAUGUUGGGACAAGCAGUGGUGCAGCGCACAGCUGUCCGGCUGGCUGCCUCCUCAGCUGCGGCCUGGCAGUAAGGUGCCUCAUUCUGGCUGCUGUGCCACUCACUCCAGAGAAUUUGGUGGCCACAAUGAAUCCAGUGUACAGCCCUGCACCAACAGGGGUCCCCUUCACCAAUUCCAAGGGUAUAGGCUAUCCAGCUGGCUUCCCUGUCGGCUAUGCAGCAGCAGCCCCAGCAUACACUCAGAAUGUCUACCAAGGAGCAAAUCCAGCCUUCUCGAGCGGUUAUGCCCCUGGUGCUACAUUUAAAGUGUCCUGUUCCCCCAACACUGGGACAGUCCCACCAUACUCAUCCUCCCCCAACCCCUAUCCAGCUGCUGUAUACCCAGUCAGGAGCACCUACCCCCAACAUAAUCCUUAUGCACAGGCACUGAUACCUUCACAACAACAAGGGACUUACUUCACACAGCCACUGUACGCAGCACCUCCCCACGUGAUCCAUCACACAACGGUGGUCCAACCCAACGGGAUGCCUGCCGCCAUGUACGCCCCAUCCAUCCCUCCCCCUCGCAACAACAUGGGCAUGGUGGCCGGCACCACUAUGGCCAUGUCAGCUGGAACUUUGCUGUCGACUCCGUCACCGGCGCCCGCCGCUCUCGCCCCGCACCCCGUCACCAUGCCCACAUAUCGGCCCGCCGGCACGCACAGCUACAGCUAUGUGCCCCCUCAGUGGUGAAGUCAAAGCAGAUUUGUCCUGUCUGUAAUGAAAUUCAGCUAUCCAACCUUAUUUCAAGGAUGGCAGACAUUUAUCGGGGCGCUCCUGCUCCUGCUUUCUGGCAAGCUGGGAUUGGUGGAAAUAAGCCGCAUCUCCAGAAUGAUGUUUGAUGCGUUUCAGAUCAGCUGCCUUUGCCUGGUUUCCAGGCUCCCUCCUGUUUGUUGGAAAUAUUUACGCGGGCUCCAGAGCUCUGUCACGUCUCGAGAUUCCUUUUUUCUUCACUCUCCAGAAUUCUUCUCAUGUCGUGAGUUAUGUCAUCUCGAAGGCUGUUCAUAGAGAGAACCCUAUCUCUUCUAUUGUUAGCGUAUGUCUCAUGCUAAUUUCAGCCAUCAACCUCCCCUCCUAUGACCCCCAGUUUGACUUCACCGGUUACAUGUGGGCCAUCGCUCAUCUAGUCUGUGUUG